GGUUCGGCGUGCACUGUGCAGGCAAAGAGAUAAUGAGCUACGAGAUGAAGCUGGGCUGGGGCAAGGCGGUGGUGAUACCGCCCGUGCCCAUCUACAUCCCGCCCGCGCUGCAGCAGCCCUGCAAGCCGCCGCCGCCCUCCGGCCUGCCCUUCAACGCGCAGCCGCCCAAGCACCUCAUCAACAAGAUACCGCGAGUCCGUCCUGGUGACUACUAUCCCAGUGACCCUGAUGACCGGAAAGAUUAUGAACAGAUCUUAUCUCAAUCAAUAGUCAAAGUUGUGGUGCCAACAGAAAGGUAAGAGUUAUGAAAUAAUUUUAAAUUCUUAC